AUGUUAUCUACAGCAAAGGAUUUCCGCAUUGUUCAGAAGAAAGUGGCAGAAUUGAUCAAGGGAAAGAUUCUCGUUGGUCAUGCCUUACGCAAUGAUCUUAAGGCAUUGCUAUUAAGUCAUCCAAAGAAGGAUAUACGAGAUACCUCAGAGUAUCAACCCUUUCUAAAGGAAGGACACAGGAGGGCACUUAGGCAUCUAGCUGCUGAGAUUCUUGGUGCGAAAAUUCAAAGCGGGGAGCACUGCCCUAUAGAAGAUGCCCGGGCGGCAAUGCUGCUUUAUCAGAAAAACAGGAAAGAAUGGGAGAGGAGUAUCAAAGAUUUUGUAAGGCUUAAGCAGAAGCAGAAGAAACGCAAACAGAAAAAGAAACCGGAAGAAGGUUUAAAUAUAAACCAUGCUGCAAACACAUCUUAG